AUGGCGCCGUUUGAAGAAACAUUCAUUGUAUUCGAAAACGAGAAGCACCCAAUGUACCGCGGCGUGCGGAAGCGGAACUGGGGGAAAUGGGUGUGCGAGAUUCGGGAGCCGAGGAAGAAGUCGAGAAUAUGGCUCGGGACGUAUCCGACGGCGGAGAUGGCGGCGAGGGCCCACGACGUGGCGGCGCUGGCCAUCAAGGGCCAGUCGGCUUACCUCAACUUCCCACACUUAGCCGAGUACCUACCCCGCCCCGCCUCCACCGCGCCGAAGGAUAUCCAAGCCGCCGCAGCCGAAGCCGCUGCAGCAGCCGCGUUUCCGGAGGAAAUCAGCCGAUCAAGUGACGAACAAGCCGAGCCGAGCCAAAGCAAGCUGGCUAGUUCCCACUCCUCCACAAAUUUGCAAGAAACGUCGAAUUCGGCUUCCACGGCUCAUGAAGCUGACGACACAUUUUUCGACUUGCCGGAUCUAUCCCUCGGCGGCUCAGAUCACAGUGGCAAUGGCUACAGCUACUAUGCUUCUUCUUCUUCGUGGCAGCUGGCUGGAGCCGACGCUUGUUUCCGGCUUGAAGAUCCGUUUUUGUGGGAGUCCAACUAGCUAAAAGUAAUUAAUUAUUUUUAUAAAUUAUUAAUCUUAUUCUUAUAUUUUUAUUUUAUUCUUGGAAAUGCUAUUUGUGGAAUGAAAUCACUAACUUUCACAAUUGUGUGGUAAAAAGAAAAAACCCAAUAUUCAUCUUAUUACAGAAAGUCAAAUGUAUUUAUUUUUGUUUUCUUA